AUGUUUGCUGAUGUUGUUUUGGUGAACCUGACUAGGGAAGGGGUGGAGAUAAAACUAGAAUUGUGGAGACAUGCACUUGAAGAUCGAGGUUUAAGGAUAAGCAGAGCUAAGACAGAAUAUCUGUGGAUGGGAGAGGAAGGCAAAGAGGGUGCAGUUAAAUUAGAUUUAGACAACGUCAAGAGGGUUACCACUUUCAAGUACCUUGGGUCCUGUGUGAUGAAGGAGGGAGGCAUGGACUCGGAAAUAAACCACAGGAUACAGUGUGCUAGUAUGAAUUGGAGGAGAUCAAUAAGAAUGUUAUGCAUCAAGUGGAUUAGUGCAACAGUAAAAGGAAGCUUUUAUAAAAGUGCAGUGAGACCAGCGAUGGUAUAUGAGGCUGAGGCGUGGUCAGUGAAGCAGGCUCAAGAAAGGAAGUUAGAAGUGGCAGAGAUGAGGAUGAUGAGAUGGAUGUGUGGAGUCAAAAGAAGGGAUUGGAUCAGAAACGAUUAUAUUAGAGGGAUAGUCACAGUGGAGAAGCGUCAAAGAAGAUUCAGUAUAGAAAAUUGCAGUGGAUUGGUCAUGUCAUGA